UUUAAACCAUUUUUUUUCUGAUUAUAUUAUUAUAUCGAUCAUUUGAAAAAAAGCCUUAUUUUCUAUAUACUAAAUUAGAUUAUUGUGUAAAUAGAAAUUUGAUUGAUUCUAAGCAACUUCUAUAAUGGAUAAAAAGGAGACAGAUAUUGAUUACCUCAAGCAAGGGGCCAUGCCAAAAGUUCGCAUGAAUAAUCCAGGAUCCAAGAAUCCAGCUGAAAUGGAAGCUGACAAAUCAGUUGAAAUUGACGAAACUAUUAAUGUUAAUGCUGAGCUCCAAAUGCAUCAUGUUAAUGAUGGGUUUUCUGAACCACUGGUCAAAAACGGUAACACUGCCAGCAAACCCCAAGAUGCAAUAGUUUCAGACAAUCAACCUGUCGCAAAAAGUAAGCCAAUGCUUGAAUGGAUGAAGCCUAUAUUGAAAGUAAUUGCUAUAAAAAUAAUCAUUGCCAUAGCAUGUUACAUCUUACUAACAUUUAUUGAUCAAAUGCAGAAUUCUUAUAAAUAACCAAUUAUAUUUUACAUUAAGAUUUUUAAAAUUAAAUAAAUUUGUUUGUCGAAUGCAACAGCACAACGUAAUAUAUUGA